UAAUAAAUGACCAACAGGAAUAUAAAGACGAUUAAUUGUUGUUUUAGUAAAUCGUAAUACUAACCAAAUAUUGAUAGAACCAAGAUGCCUGGAAAUAACAUGCAGUGUAAUAGUUGGUCUCCGUGUUGAUACCAGACUCUCAUUUUGCAAGUGCCCUGAAGCUGGUGAAAUAUUGUGGUUUGGCUAAUUGUUAAUGAAUAUCAUUAGUUCGGUACCUCAUGCAUGGCCAAAAUAGGCCAAGAAAAACUUUCGGUGCAGCCACGGAGGAAACAGUGGUGAUGCUGUCUUAGCUGACUUCUCUGUGGCUCCCUGAGCAACUCCAGCACAGACACAAAUUCGUUGUGUUCAAAGCCAGUACUGGGACCAUACAUGUAUGACUGGAAGGCGCCUCACACUGCCGCCCCAGGGGCUCCGGUACCCUCGCGGGGGUGCUGUGCAGCCACCUGCUACCCCCACCAUCAGCCCGGGAGUGGAAUACUUUCUUGCAAGAUCCUUGCGGACAACAGUAAGCGCUCGAACCUCCUGUUUCUCUCUGACGCUCGCGGCGUUGUUUUUCUUGAUGCUCGCUUUGUCCCCGGGUGUGAAGGCAGUGGUCGGGGUCGCGACAAGCCCCUCGUUGGCUGUACCAGUUGCUCAAGACGUUCACUUUGGCAGGGACCACAAUUUCCGCCCACAACAAAGCCAUGUGUCGUCGAGGACGCACCAUGCCCAGGCCUCCUCGCCCCCUCGCCCGCCCUCACACGAAACCAACUCCAAGCAGACAGGCCCGAGUGCGGUGUCAAACGCGGUCACCAGAAACCCAGCAGAUGUGUGGUCUACUUCCCAUCGAACGGCCGCCCAAGCGAAUGCAGGCGGGCCCUCCACGUCCUCCUCUCUUCCCGUGCUGGAGCCUCAUCCUCGGGACCAGACAUCCUUCGCAGGCUCUCGUCAGCAGUGGGGAGAAAGUGGACCUAUAGCAUCGCCGCUGACUCAUUCAUUAGUGGGGGAAUUAGAUAGUGGGGAAGAGUGUGUACCCUGCCAUUAUGCUAUGUAUAAAUAUCCUUCGGGGAAAAGUUACGGCAGUAGAGGCAAGUAUGUCACCUCGUCAGACCGUCUCGAGGCGCCCCGACACACGUUUAUCGACAGUGAUGGAUUCAGAGGGAAAGCGUCGGCCGGAACAAACCCGCACAACAGACUGAAUUCAAACCAUCUCGGAGAGGAUGUAAAAUUCAGUCCCAAGGGUCUGCAUGGCGGGGACCGACCCAAUAUCUGGUCAUCCCAAAGCGGCCAGAAGUCACAGAACCUCCAGGAUGAAAAUCUCUGGCCAUUCCUUCCCGGCACCCAAGCGUUUGGGAACCAUAGAGACAAGAUAAAGCUUAAUCUCGACUCGGAUGAAACGCGUGAGGAUGCAAGGGAAGGACUCCAUAUAAAAGCGGCAGCGGCGUCCAAUUUUUAUCAUUACACGAACGCGAAAACUUCCAGAAAAUCUCGGCAGCGAAAAGCGCCAUCCAAACUAAUUUACACCCGGGAUAUGAGACGUGAUUCACGGCUCAACGAAUCCCCAUACCGCCCCGCUUUAACGUCCCCCACACUCACGAAAAAGGGCGCGCAUCGCUCGCCAGAGGACGGGUCGUCGUCCAGGAACAGGAACAGCGAAUUUCUGGUCGAGUUCGGACUGGGUCAGACGGAGGGGAGGAGGAAGGAGGAGGAGGAGGAGGGAGAGGAUUCGCUGUGGAGCAACGGCAUGGGGCAGGCCGAGGGGGUCGUCCUUGAUAACGACAACGACGACCGUAAUGACCAGGAGAAGUUCCAAGCUAGGGAUAGGGAUUCAGUGCAAUCGGGACUCCGAAACGAAGGAGGAUUUCCCCCAAGAGACAGCUUAGUGAGCGGUGGAGAAAGAACGACCAGAUUUAAGGAGGCGAAGCACCCACUGGUUACUGAUUACGGCCGUAUAAACUUCGGAAGAUCGUUGCGCUACCGGAGGGAACGUACAGACCCCGGAAAUAAUGUCCUGGUUCUUCCUGACGCAAACAACGCCCGUGAGCCGCGAGGGAAGGAGAAGACGGACGCCGCGCAUUCAGCUCGAGGCUCCAGCGCGAGAAGUGUGGCGUCUUUCCAGCGGGGUCGUCCGUUGGAUCAGGCCGACUCAGGCGGCGGUUGGAGGGAUCAGGGCAAGUUUUCAAAAGGAAUUCGCAAACAGAAUGAGCUCCACAGAUUACGUCAGAGGCGAGGCGAGGAGUAUCGUCUCAUUUGGAUUGCUUGUAUUUGGGUCACGAGGGCUGACCUGCGUCGCCGGCUGUUUUAUGCAGCUAGAUUUAACACGGACUCCCGGUGA